CUCCCCAUGACACCACCUGGACGUCUAUACCUCCCAAGGGUGCGUGGCACCCACCUCCUCUUCCUGCUUCUGGGGCUGCUACUUGCGCUGCCACCUAGGGCCAAGGGACUCCCUGGUGUUGGCCUCCAGCCCUCAGCUGCCCGGGCUGCUCAGCAGCACCCCCAGAAGCAUUUUGCUCAUGGCACCCUCAAACCUGCGGCUCACCUUGUUGGAGACCCUAGCAUGCAGAACUCUCUACGCUGGAGAGCCAACACAGACCGUGCCUUCCUCCGCCAUGGCUUCUCUUUGAGCAACAAUUCCCUUCUGGUCCCCACCAGUGGCCUCUACUUCGUCUACUCCCAGGUGGUUUUCUCCGGGGAAGGCUGCUCUUCCAAGGCCAUCUCCACCCCUCUCUACCUCGCCCAUGAGGUUCAGCUCUUCUCCUCCCAAUACCCCUUCCAUGUGCCUCUCCUCAGCGCCCAGAAGUCUGUGUGCCCAGGGCCACAAGGACCUUGGGUGCGCUCAGUAUACCAGGGGGCUGUGUUCCUGCUCACCCGAGGAGACCAGUUGUCCACCCACACAGAUGGUAUCUCCCACCUGCUCUUCAGUCCCAGCAGCGUCUUCUUUGGGGCUUUUGCUCUGUAGGACUUGGAAAGAUCCAGAGAGAAAAAGAAAUUGGUUUCAAGUCCUUCUCUCCAUUUUGCUUUCGUUCUGACCAUUUCAAGGGUCACCACCACCUCUCCUGUGCCCAUUCCAACCAUCGCCUCAUGUCUUCCCCACUCAAGUCACUUGAAGCUUUCAAAGAAGAAAUUCCAGGCACUCCAGGGACCACAGUUCCCUGAAGCACCCUGGAUAUUCUACUGAAGAUUUCAAGCCUGCCUAGAAAUUCCCAACACAGAGCUCUUCUUCUGUCCCAAUGGUCUAGGUGGGGCCUUGACCUGGUCAUGGAAGAGGAGUAGACACAUGGGGCAGCCUGGGUGGAUGACUAGAG